AUGCCUUCUGCUAUAGCAGCCUCGCCGCCCGCCACCGGCCAAACACCGCGCCUAGCUCCUAGUGCCGGCCCCAACGUGCAAAGAAUCCACCUCGUCGACGAGUGGACCUGGUCUGAGCCCAACCCUCUGCAGCUUGCGCCAAACGCACUGUGCAACGCAAGGAAGGCCGCCGACCCUCCCUAUAUUCGACUUCCGCUCGCUCAGAGUGGCCCAUCAGGCGGCGUACCCUCGUCCGCCGGCGCCGAGUUUGGCAGUGAUAGCGGUCGGCUCUCAACCGUGGCUUCCCUCACACCUGACAACGCGCCACCACCCCCAGACAAGGGGCUCCGGUCUUACCAUGAUCCAUCCUACCUUACGGGUAUCGGCUCCGCCUUCGCCUCUGAAAUGGGCGAGAUAUCGGCUCCUCGGUCGUUCCAUCGUGGAUCUGCAUGA